AAAAAACAUUUUUCAUUUUUUCUUCAAAAAAAGAAGAAUUUUCAAACAAAAUAUGUGAACAAAAUUCUCUACCACACACACAAAAAACACUCAUUCAAACACCCAAGAGAUUCAAGCAAAAAGAAUCUAAAAUUGUUUUACCUGGGUAUUUUUUCUUAAUUGAUUCUUUAAUUAGAAAUUUUAAAUUUAAAAAAAUAAAAUAAAAAUGUUUGAAAAUAAUAAUCGAAAAUAUCGCUAUCAAAUGACAUUCAUUUGGUUAGCCAACAUUAUAAUGAUGGCCAGUUUGAUUGGAACGAUUUCUGCUUCAAUUUCUUCAUCAUCAUCAUCUUCAUCCGAAAUGGAUGACCAACCACAACGAUCAUCAUCAUCAUCGAUUCGUAAUUCAAAUUAUCGUUUAAGAUUAUUACAACAAUCAUCAUCACCAACAACAACAACAUCGACAACAAAUUUAUUUUCAAAUCAACAACAAAAACAUCAUCCACAACAACAACAAUUAAUUGAUGAUCAAUUUUUUAAUAAUAUUAAAGAUCGUUUAUUCAUGUUACAGCCGAUUAUGUUAAUACAUGGUGGUGGUAAAGGUAUCGGUGGUAAUUUUGAUGAUAAUGGUAAUGGAUAUAUUAGCCGAAAACGUUCAUGUUUGAUCAAUGCUGGCCUAUCGAAUAAUUGCGAUUUUCGUGAUUUUAUUUCAGCAUCGAAUGCUCGUCGUAUUUGGGAAUCACAAGCAUCACCCGGGAAAAAACGUAAUAGUGAAUCUUCAACAACAUAUCGAUUUUUACCAAUAAACAAUCGAUUGUUAUCAUCAUUAUCAAAUAAUCCAUCAUCAUCAUUAUCAUAUAAUACAUGGUUUUCGGAACAACAACAACAACAACAACCAUCAUCAAAAUUAUUAAUCGAUAAUGAUGAUUUGAUAAAAAAUAUCGAAGUUCCGCAUCGAAUUACAUCAUCAUCAUCGAUAAAUGGUAAUGGAAAUCAAGAAAGGCCAUUAGUUAAUAAUGAUCGUUUAAUUAUCAAACGAAUGGAAUGUAUAAGCGGUUUACCCGGUGGUGAUUGUGAAAAUUCAUUUCUUGGUGGUGAAAGUUUAGGACAAGAUUUUCUACGACCAGGUGGACGUAAUCCUGGUAAAUAAUUAUUAUUAUUAUUAUCGAUGAAAUCUAUAAAUAUGAAGCAAUCGAUUUUUAUAUCGAUUCGAUCGAUCAAUAUUGCACAUGAUUAAUCUGAAAUUUUGAUCAAAGAA